AAAUUCAUCAGUUUAUUCCCCGAGUUCACUCGUUGUGUAUUUAUAUUUAUUGCGAGAUAAUUUCUCUUUUGUUCUGUAACGAAGAUUUCUGUGUUGUGCGUGUGUUAUUUAAAAUUUUAAGAGUUUAUACUGUUUUACAUAUGUCGAUCUAAUAAAUAUUUAUUUAAUACUUCAAAUAAAAUUUGAAUUUUAAAAAUAAUACUGAAAUCGAUUUUAGUUUCAGCAGGAGACAUAUUUUUAAUUUAUUUGAAUUAAAAGAGAACUGGUCGUCACUUUCAAUUUUUAGAAAAUGGGAUCUUAUGGCGAUAGAGAUGAACUCGAUCCUAUACCACGAUAUGCUGUUCCUGAGGGACUACUGGAGAUUUUAAAAAAUAUUUUAAAAGGAAAUAAUAUGAUUGAUUCUGCUAAUGAAUGGGCAACGUUUUUAGAAGUGAUAAAAAAUUUAAAAGACUUUGAUGAUGAUAAUUACUUUUCUACUUUGAGCAAUCUUUUAUAUUUAGAAGAGUGUUUUGAUAAUAAUUCUAUAGACGAUGUAAAAAAGAAAGAGAAAGUAAAAUUGUAUUAUACAUUCAAAGAAUCGUAUUUUAAAAUAAAUCUGAAAAAUAUUGAAAAAGAACUUUGCUUUUUAAAAGUUGAUUCUUUUGUAGAAGUACAAAAUGUAAAAAUGUUUCCUAAAGGAAAAGCCAAGAAUAAUAAGAUUGAGGUAGAUGUGGAAAAACAUAGUUUCAUUGUAACUGAAGUAUCAUCACAAGAAGGAUUUAUUAUUGUGAAAGCUGAAAAUUACGAUAAAUUCAGAAGACAACAUGAAAAAAGUGAUGCUUAUUACAUUGAAUUUGAAUAUUCCAAUUGGCCUAUCAGAGUCUGUCAAUAUGCAAUCGAUUUGAUAGCUGGAAAUCUUGAUUCAUUACAACUCUAUACAAGGAGAAUGGCCUUUACUCCAAAAACAAUGAUUACGUCAUUCAUUAAUAAAAAUGUGGCAAAAAAUCCCGAGCAAGUGCAAGCGGUAGAACAAAUUGUCGGUGACACGUCAUAUCCAUCGCCAUAUUUAGUCUUCGGCCCUCCGGGAACUGGAAAAACUGCCACGAUUGUUGAAGCUGUUUGUCAAUUAAUCGAGAGAGGCAACAAUAUUUUAAUCUGUACUCCUUCCAAUGCUGCUGCCGAUGAGGUUACAAGAAGAUUAUUAAAUUGUGACAUAUCGCCUGAUUUGAUUUAUCGAAUGACGAGUAAAUCCGUCGAAAGAGAAGAUAUACCCGAGGAUGUUGAGGUUUGCAUAAAUUUUAAAGAUGGAGAAAUUGAGUACCUACAUAGUUAUGAUAUGAGGCAUAAUAAAAAAGUAAUCAUAUCGACACUUAUCUCAGCUGCAAGAUUUUUGAGAUUAACAUAUUUCACUCAUUUUUUCAAUUAUAUUUUUAUCGAUGAAGCUGGGCAAGCAACUCAGCCGGAAACUUUUAUUCCGUUUGCAAUCUCAAUGAGACAUACACGAUGUAAAAUUAUAAUGUCUGGAGAUCCGAAGCAAUUGGGACCAGUUGUAAUGACCAAAUAUGGAAGUCAUUUACUAGGAAUUUCAAUGUUGGAACAUUUAAUGAAGAAGAGUUAUCUUUACAAGAAGGAUUAUGAUAAUAAAUACGAUCCGAACUUUUUAACGAAACUCGUCCAGAACUAUCGGAGUCACGAAACAAUACUUCGAUUACCAAAUCAAAUGUAUUACGACAGCGAACUCGUUGCAUGUGCCGGUAAUGAAGUGAAAAUUGCCGAAAAUUGGAAUCAUCUACCGAAGAAAGGAUUUCCGAUUAUAUUUCACGCUGUGUAUGGACAUGAAGAAAAUAAUGAGUCUUAUAGCGUUGCAAACAAAGUUGAGGCAGAAAUUGUUAUGAACUAUGUUGAAAAAUUACUUGAUGAAGGUUUGGAAGGUGUGAAAAUCCCCGAAGAGAAUAUAGGUAUUGUCACGCCAUUUCGAUAUCAAAAGAGUAUAAUUAUGGAGAAACUUGAAAAUAAAGAAUUGUCCAAAAUAUCUGUUGGAACUGUCGAAAGUUUUCAGGGUCAGGAGAGAGAUAUUAUCAUUGUCUCUUUAGUUAGAUCUUCGAUCUUCAAAAACGGAAAGAAACUUCACGUUGGAUUUUUAAAUGAUGAUAAGAGAUUUAAUGUAACAAUUACUCGAGCAAAGUGUUUGCUAAUCGUUAUUGGACAUCCAAGGGCGUUACAAAUCGCCGAUUGUUGGAGAAAUUUUAUCACCUAUUGUAAGGACAAUAAUGCCUAUUAUACAGAUAAAGUCGUCACGAAGAAAGUUAUUGAAUCUAAUAAUGGAAAAAAUCCUCAAUUAUCGAAAAGAGAUAGAGGAAGAAAGAGAGAUCAGAAUCAGGAUAAAAGUGCGAAUAAUCAAAACAUUAGAAAUAGAAAUAGAAGGGGAAGAACAGUUGAGAACAAGAAAAAAACUGACAAUUUAUACAAAGAAAAUCUAAGCAAGGAAAUAAAUUAUCCAGCGAAUUCUACUGGAAAUGAAAUUAAGAGUUUUGAAUUAUCAAUGAGUGAGGGGAAUUUAUCGCUUGAUAAUCACGCAGAACCAGUAGCUGCAAUAUCAACAGUCGCCGAAGCAGCACAACCGGAGGAACCAAAUGAGCCACCUUCAGGUUCUAGUAGCAAUAAAUUAUUUAUGACUUUUCUUAGAUUUUUUCGAAGUCUAGAAAGAUAAAUUUAAGAAAAAGAGAAAAAUAAUUUUGUAACAGUGAAAAUAAAAGAAAUAUUUUCAUACAAUGGAAA